AAUCCUCCCGGGAGUUGUAGUUCUUGGGGCUGGGCUGGGGACGCCGGGAAAGACCAGUGGUCCGAGGCCAGGAUCCGCGUCUGUGCUCGCUCCUGGCCUCUGGUACCAUGUCCCGGGUGUUGGUGCCCUGCCAUGUGAAGGGCACCGUGGCCCUGCAAGUGGGCGAUGUGCGGACCUCCCAAGGCCGUCCUGGCGUGCUGGUUAUCGAUGUCACCUUCCCCAGCGUCGCGCCCUUUGAGUUGCAGGAGAUCACGUUUAAGAAUUACUACACAGCCUUUUUGAGCAUCCGUGUUCGCCAGUACACCUCGAUGCACUCACCGGUCAAGUGGGUGACCUGUCUGCGGGACUACUGUCUGAUGCCUGACCCACACAGUGAGGAGGGAGCCCAGGCGUAUGUAUCGCUGUUCAAGCACCAGGUCAGCUGGAACUCAUGGCCUGUCAGCCCAGAUGAGGGCUCAUAGGGGUCCUGGGAAUUAGGCUAGGAUACUAGGAGUGAAGAAGGGGGACAAAGCUGGCCUGGGCUGUGGCUUUUUGGGAAGUACCUUGGAGGGACUACUGUUCUUUCCUUCCCAAAGGCCUGGGAGACAGCAGCUUGGCUUACUGCUUGUUGGCUCCUGGGCAGUGAGCUG